UAGAGAUAAGGUUCAAAAAGCUGUCUUAGGGUACUCAAUAAUUCAUAGAACGAGUGUGUGUCUAUUUCCACAAACAAAUCAAAGCAAACGAGACAAAAGUAAGAUAUCAAACACCAAAUAUGUAGAGCCAUUUUUCAGGAUGUGAAAAUGCAUUUUAUUUUAUUAGGAACCGUAUGCGUUGGUCCACAAAAAAGUUCACCAUUCACAACCGAUAUAGGAAAAGAUGGCAGAAAUGAGUGAAAAAGGCCUAAAACUGUGGCAUUUUGGUUUCUUAACAUUCAAGAAUGUGGAAAUUUGUUUUGUUUUUGUAGCAAGCGGAUUUCGUUGAUUCAACACCACUGUGGCAUUUUGGUUUCUUAACAUUCAAGAAUGUGGAAAUUUGUUUUGUUUUGUAGCAAGCGGAUUUCGUUGAUUCAACACCACUCCUACAAACAAAUCUUGUGGGAACGAGCGACAUCUCAGCCACGCACUCUACGACGAAAGCACAGAGCAUGAUCAUUCCAGUGGGAUAUGUUUUCUCCUAUAAAAGGUGUGCUUCUGAGAACAUAACAAUCAUCGAGCAGAAAUAUAGCUUGCUGGACUAUAUCAGUCCACGAGUGAGUUAGAUACUCACAAAUCCACUGCAAAAAAUGGCACCAAAGUUGUCAAUUUCACUGGCAUUCCUCACUUCUCUGGUUUUAGCACUGGCAAUUAGAACAAAUGCCGGGGGAAUAGCUAUCUACUGGGGCCAGAAUGGGAAUGAGGGUACACUUGCAGAAACUUGUGCUACUAAUGACUAUGAUUUUGUUUUAAUAGCUUUUCUUGCAACAUUUGGAAAUGGUCAGACACCAAUGAUCAAUCUAGCUGGGCAUUGUGAUCCAUACACUAAUGGUUGCACUCACUUGAGCUCUGAUAUAAAAUCAUGUCAAGCAAACGGGAUUAAGGUGAUCCUAUCCAUUGGAGGAGGAGCAGGUAGCUACUACCUUGCCUCCUCUGGGGAUGCUAGCCAAGUAGCAACUUAUCUUUGGAAUAAUUUCCUUGGGGGAAGUUCGUCCUCUCGUCCACUUGGUGAUGCUGUUCUGGAUGGUAUUGACUUUGAUAUUGAAGGAGGAACAAACCAACAUUGGGAUGAUCUUGCAAGGUACCUCUCUGAAUACAGCAAACAAGGGAAGAAGGUGUACCUAACUGCAGCUCCUCAAUGCCCUUACCCAGAUGCUUGGAUUGGAGGUGCCCUCAAAACUGGCCUUUUCGACUAUGUCUGGGUCCAGUUUUACAACAAUCCUCCCUGCCAGUACUCCUCCGGAGACAUAAACAAUCUUGAAAAUGCAUGGAAGCAGUGGACUUCAGAUAUCCCUGCCACCAAGAUUUUCCUAGGACUACCAGCAGCUCCUGCAGCUGCUGGAAGUGGCUUCAUUCCAGUGGAUGACCUUACUUCUAAAGUGCUUCCAGCAAUCAAGAGUUCCAACAAGUAUGGAGGAGUAAUGCUGUGGUCCAAGUAUUAUGAUGAUCAAACUAAGUACAGUUCUGUCAUCAAGAGUCAUGUAUAAAAUCACCGUUUCACUUCCACAGCUGUGUGCUGGGUUCUAUUUCGUCUAUAUGUAUUCAUAUCAUGUACCAAUAUAUGAAGACUUGUGUGGUCUAGACA